AUGUUCGCCCUUCGCUCCCGUUCCUCUCGCCACCUCGUCGCCCGUCGUGCUUCCCCUGGCCCGCGUGUACCCUUUUGCAUCUCACUGCACCCCUCAGGCUGCCCCAUGCACAGGCAUGCCCCUCUGCAUCUCACUGCACCCCUCAUGGACCCCCCGUCAUGUCCGUCAUGUGCCUCACAUGACUCCCUCACACCACGGGGCGGGCGCAUCAUAUUCUUCCAGAGCCUCUCCCUGCUCGGCUACUGCCCCUCACACACAUACGCCCCUUUGCACCUCACUGCACCCCUCAUGUCGCCCUGCAGCCUCUCCCUGCUCGGCUACUGCCUUGUGCCUCUCGACCUUGCCGCCCUCCUCUGCCUCCUCACCACCGCCAAGCUCGCCCGCAUGGCGCUCGUUUUAGUCACAUUCGCUUGGAGCUCCUCGGCUGCAUACCCCUUCGUGGCGAAGGCUGUUCCUGAGACUCGCAGGGUGCUGGCAGUGUACCCUGUGUUCCUGCUCUACACUGCUAUUGGCUUCCUUGUGCUCGCUAAUGACUAG